AGCGUGAUGCAGCCCCGUGGAUUUCUGUUCUGAUCAAUGAACGAGGAGAUUGACCCGCCAAAAAAAUGGCUGAUUUAACCAAGAUAGAGGAGCAAGAAGUUGAGAAGAGUUUGAGUGAAGAAGCAGAGAGAACAUCUCAUACUUUAGAGGAAGAUUCAGGCGUCAAUUUGGAAGGCAGUAGCUCAACUUCAGGUACAGGGCGCGCCGUUGAAAAUGAAAAAAAAAUUACUAGUGAUAAUCAGGACAACAGAGCAAAAAAGAGGAAAUUAGAACCUGAAGAUGAAGCUCCCAGGAAAGUACGUGAGAUAGGCCAUGGACAAGCUGUGGCUGCACAUUAUAAUGAACUUCAAGAAGUUGGAUUAGAAAAACGCAGCCAGAGUCGCAUAUUCUACCUCCGAAACUUUAAUAACUGGACAAAGAGUGUCCUCAUUGGUGAAUUUAUAGACCGUGUACGACGGAAGAAGAAUGAUAUAACUGUUUUGGAUCUAGGAUGUGGCAAAGGUGGAGACUUGCUUAAAUGGAAAAAAGGGAGAAUUAAAAAACUUGUCUGUACAGAUAUUGCUGACAUUUCUGUGCAGCAGUGCAAGCAGCGGUAUGAGGACAUGAAAGCCCGAUGUCGCUAUAAUGAACAUAUUUUUGAUGCAGAAUUUAUACAGGCGGAUAGUACCAAGGAUCUCCUAUCUUCCAAAUACAAUGAUCCACAUAUGUGCUUUGACAUUUGCAGCUGUCAAUUUGUUUACCAUUAUUCAUUUGAGACAUAUGAGCAGGCUGACAUGAUGCUUAAAAAUGCUUGUGGGAACCUCUCUCCUGGGGGGUAUUUCAUUGGCACAACUCCAAAUAGCUUUGAGCUUGUAAAACGACUUGAAGCUUCAGAAACAAAUUCAUUUGGGAAUGAUGUAUACAGUGUAAAAUUUGAAAAGAAGGGAGACUAUCCCUUGUUUGGCUGCAAGUAUGACUUCCACUUAGAAGAAGUGGUUGAUGUUCCUGAGUUCUUGGUUUAUUUUCCAUUACUGGAAGAGAUGGCAAAGAAGCAUGGUAUGAAGCUCGUCUACAAAAUGACAUUUCGAGAAUUCUAUGAAGAAAAGAUCAAGAAUGAUGAGCAUAAAAUGCUGCUAAGGAGAAUGCAGGCCUUGGAGCCAUAUUCUGCCUUUGGUGAUUCCAAGCUUGUUUCUGAUAAGCCGGAUGAUUAUGAGCAUGCAAAAGAGUUUAUCAAAGAUGGCAAGGCAAAGUUACCAUUGGGAACCUUGAGUAAAUCUGAAUGGGAAGCAACAAGUAUUUACUUGGUAUUUGCCUUUGAGAAGCAACUGUGAAACUUCAUCUUCUGGAUGCAGCAAGAAGAGAUCAUAUCCAUGUGCAAGUUGGAAUGGUCUGAAAUCCAUUGUGGCAACUAUUUUUUUAUUUUUAUUUUUUAAUUAUCAGACGUGUGCAGGGCACUCCCAAAAGACGAGAGCAAGCUCAUGAUUCUGAGUUACAUUUGCCUGUCUGUGACAGAAGGACUUGUGUGUGUAUAUAUAAGAAAGAUUCAGAACUAGUCUUUUUAAACAUUUGUAAUCAGUCUGCAUGCCCUCAAACUCAUGUUUGAACUUGACAGAGCUUUAUGUUCCAAACAAAUGUUUUGUUAGUACAAGUAUGUUUGUGAUUACAAGCCUGAUCCUGCGCUCUCUGAAGUUGAUGGAAAAUGACUGUUGAUUUUGGUGAUGCAGAAUGAGGGCCUAAAUAUUGUGCUGCAAAGCUCAAUUAAUUCAUAAUGAUAUAUUCAGACGUCUAGGGUAUGUCUACAUUGCAUGCAGGGCUAAGUGGCAAAUAAUACCUGAGUCAAUUUGAAUACCUCUGUGCUGUGCUCUGGCCUGCAGUGUAAAUCUACCUAAGUGGUGUUCAAGGUGUAGUUUACAUGGUAAAGUUCCAGUCUGUUCUUGUUUUUUGUGCUUGCUGAUAUGUAGUGUCCCUUCAUGGUGCUUUCAAGAUUAAAAUAGUUUGUUCUGUACAAAACUGCCCUGAAAGAACUGAAUUUCUAAAGGUUUAAAUCUCAAGUCAUUCUUCUGACAGUGCAGUAGUCUAUAACAACCGCUGAACCUAGGUUAUUGAACCUUUUCUAUUACAUUAAAGACGCUCACGACUCUU